GCCAUAAAAGGGAAAAGCUACAGUAGAGUCUCACUUAUCCAACACUCGCUUAUCCAACAUUCUGGAUUAUCCAACGCAUUUUUGUAGUCAAUGUUUUCAAUACAUUGUGAUAUUUUGGUGCUAAAUUCGUAAAUACAGUAAUUACUACAUAGCAUUACUGCGCAUUGAACUACUUUUUCUGUCAAAUUUGUUGUAUAACAUGAUGUUUUGGCGCUUAAUUUGUAAAAUCAUAACCUAAUUUGAUGUUUAAUAGGCUUUUUCUUAAUGCCUCCUUAUUAUCCAACAUAUUCGCUUAUCCAACGUUCUGCCGGCCCGUUUAUGUUGGAUAAGUGAGACUCUACUGUACUUCUGCAAUUUCUGCUCUCUUGUGCUAUGGCUAGAAUCCCCAAUUGUUAUUACCUUUUUUCUUCUUUCCCCUGAACUGGAACAUCCUAGUUUUAGUUCACAUCUCUUUCAUCACAUUUAAUUUGCAUUUCUGUCCGGUCUUGGAAAGUGUCCAAGUGUCUUCUUAUUUUCUAUCACAUUCCUAUCUGCAGUGAUUUGACAGUAUAUGUAACUGUGACCAGGCUACAUGUUACGGAGAAACUCAACAGCCCCAAUUAUACAUUUAUUUUAGAAUAAAAUGAAGGCAGGCACACGUAUCUGGAUGUGUGAGCUUUCAAGUUGCCAAUCAAUUUAUGGUGAUCUCAUGAAUUUCAUAGGGUUUUCGUUGGCAAGGAAGACUCAUAAGUGCUUUGCCAUUUCCUUACGCUAAAUUGCAGUUAGUUCUCUAUAGCCAUGGAUUCAGUAUCCACAGAUCCAACCACCCACAGCUUGAAGAUAUAUAUUUUUUAAAUCCAAAAGGCGAAUCUAGAUUUUGACAUUUCAUAUACAGGACACCAUAUUACUACAUUGUACAUAAUGGCACUUGAGUAUCUGCCACUUUUGGUAUCCAUAGAGGGCUUUGGAACCAAAUCUCCAGGAAUACCAGAUGUGUGUUUGAACGUAUUCCCCUAUUGUCCUGCACAAUCGCCCUUUAGGACACUGAGGUCAUCUGUCAGACACUUAUUCCAACCAGCCGGAACCUGACUGGUUACUGUCACCCAGAGGACCCUUUUUAUUGGCCACUGCAUGACAGUGGAAUGGCCUGCUAGAAGAGAUCCGACAGCUAAAAGAGAUGUCAGAAUGUAAAAUGCAAUUGAAGACUCAUCUCUUCCUGGAGGCCUACCCAGUCACCUUUCAUUCAUGAGUUUUGAUUUGCAUUCUAUUACCACUAUAUGUCAAUUCUGUAUCUGUGUUUAAUAUAAGCUUGCAUAUGUGUGUGUGUGUGUUUACCUAUGUAAUUUAUUGUAUUUUUAUGUUCAUUUGUUUUUGAAUUUGUUGUACUCUACCUCGAGUCAUCAGGAGAAACGAGUAAUACAUAAAAUGUAUUCUUCUUCUUCCUCUUCUUCUGAAUUUUAUGUACCUGCCUGCCUCUGUGCUCUAUCAAUUAACCUCUUAGGGCAAUGGACAUAGCUCAGUGGAGGCGCACAGUUUUGCAUGAAGAAGAUCACAUAUUUAGUUCUUGCUUUUUCUUUUUUUGGAUAUGUGUGUAUCUACCUACCUACCUACCUAUCUAUCAUCUAUCUCUACCUAAUUACUAAAUGAACCAUUAAUACAACGGGAGGUUUACUCUCCUGUGCAAAAGUAUUGGCAUCAUUUAUUGCUAUUUGCAAAGUGCUAAUAGAAUAGAUUUAAUUUGAUUUGAUUCAACUUAAAAUGUGGUAGAUUUUGUCUGUGUCCAGGCACCCCUGAAUUGUUUUUUCAGUGGAGGGGGAGGGACCUCAACAUUGACAGACUAAUUGUUAUUGAUUUUUGUGUAUUUACAGAUACGUUAGAGAAAAUACACAUUACUUUUCUCAUCCAUUAUCACUGAAACAUCCUUAGAUAUGAAGACUCCUAAAAGUGCAAUAUCUGCUUAGAGAAACCUUCCAUGUGUUCAAUGUAGCUUACUCCAAAAGCAGGUAUACAUAGAAUAUAUUUUAGUCACUUUUUAUUAUUCCAGGGAAUGCUUCAUGAUAAUUGUUUCUUUAAUAUUUCUUAGUACCUGAUCUUUUAGUACCCUUCUUAAUGUCAAUUCCCAUGAAUGGUCUAUGAUACAGAGGUCUUGGUGAUACAGUUUUGCCAGAUCAUUUAAUCUCAGCCUACCGGCCUAGUCGUAGGGAGAUGUAAACCUCACCUGAACCCAAAUUUGAUGGUCCAGGACCUCAGAUUCUUCUCAACCUUUCUCCCUCAAAAUUAUAAUUUUCCCAGGUUGGAUAAACAUUUCUUGGUAUACAAUAUAAACUUAUUUUAUUUAUUUAUUUACUUCAUUUUUACCCUGCCUUUCUCAACUCCGGAGGGAACUCAAGGAGGCUGACAUAAAGUUGACAUGAUUCUUCACCCAGUUGUACUUUACUGUGAACUCCUUAAAUUUUUGCAAAUACUGUAGUUACAAUAUUGUUCUCUUCCACUCCUGCGUCCUUGGACUAUGAAGGUAGAAGAAAGUCCUUGAUUUUUUUUAUAGUAGGAGAAUAUUUUGUCUUUAUCUCUUCCAUGGGGAUUCCUUGUUUUCCUCCUUCAAUGCCUUGACAUAUGAGGUAUGCUUAGCAUCGCACUGUGGCCCAUAAAAGGACCACACUGUUUUGUUGCUUGUGGUGCAGGCAGGCCUGCAAUUUCUGAUUUACAGUGACACUUGUGGCAUUUUCUUGGCAAGAUUUAUUCAGAAGACAGUUGUCAUUGUCCUCUUCUGAGGCUGAGAGAGUGUGAUUUGCUCAUGAUCACCUAGUGAGUUUCCAUGGUUGAGUUGGAUUCAAACCCUGAUAUCAUAGUUCAACACUAAAACAAUUACAUUUUAUUCAUUUGUUUUGUUUUAUUUUUAAAAUUAUCAACUGCCCUUUGGACACAAAUAAUCUCCAGCUGGUUUAUAACACAUUUCAAAGGAAUAGGUAAAUAUAAAAAUCAGACAAUUAAAAAUUAAGAGGCAUGUUAAAUUUCAACCAGCAAGCUUAUGAAAAAAACCCACCAUUACAUUUUGUAAAAAUUGAAAAUUUAAAUUUAAAAUGUAGAAAUUUGAAAUGUCCAUCCAAAAAAGGAACUUAUAUAUGAUCAAAAAUGAAAGCAAGGUGAGUGCUGAUGUCCCUCUUUGUGGGAGUUUCUAGAUUUUGGACCUGAAAGAACUUUCCUUUAUGAAUUCAUAUUGGGUUUUUCCAAUGACAGUUAUAGAUUUGAAGAAUGGCCUCCUUUCAAAAUCUUAAUCUGGGUGGAAAUUUUGUAGAAUGAUAUUUGCUAUUGACCUACAACUCCAAGUGUUUCUAACCAGCAUGGGAUAUCCCUCACCCUUUGACAGAUGAAAACAGAGUCACUUGUAGUCAAGCAACAAGAUGGCAAAAGUUAUUAGACAGAAAGGACAUGCUAUGAGAGGCUGUGUCUAUUUUGCCUGAGCUUUCUUGGAAGGACCAGGUUCCACCACUUCUCUCCCCCGCUUCUCUGAUGAGCUAACCUGAAUGCAAACUACUUUUGAAAUUUGAACUGGACUUGCAACAUAUGAAGAAAUCUGAAUACAAAAGGAGGAAGUGGGUGGAGGAGAAAAAAAACUGGGACAUUUUAAAAGAAAACUGGGAUGGAAAGAGGGUUGACAUUAUCCAUGGCAAAACAUAAUAGUUGGAGGGUAUGGUAUAGACCAAGUCAGCAUGGCACAUUUGUUUGAGUGUUAGACUAAUACAUUGGGAGACCAGGUUUGAAAACAGUUCUCAGCCAUAGAAAUUCAAAGGGUGGGGAAGCCAAAGUCAAGCCCCUCUAGGGAGAGAACCUCUAAGAAAAGGUUAAAUAUAUAGGCCCAAAUCAAAAUAUUUGUCCCAGUUAGGAUAGACCCAUUAAAUUAAUGGCAGUUUGAUAGGUGUAGGUUCCAUUGAUACAGUGAGUAUACUCUGGGGGAAAGACCAUUAGACCGUCCAGAACAGUGUAUUCUACAUAUUUCUGUACUUCAUGGGGAAGAACAAGACAUUGCAGGGCACUAAAUCGUUUUCCCAUUGGAAACUUUAAUUCAACUCCCAGACCUACUGGCUCCUUAAUCACUUGCUCAACUGUGUCUCUUUGUAAGAUAUUUUUAAGAUAGAUUUUUAAGAUAUGCUUUUUAAGAUAAGAUUUUUAUUCAUCAUGCAUAAGAGGGAUAAUUUCGAAAGCCCAACAGGCAUAUUGACUUGUUUCAGUCUUAGGUGUGUCAUAGUAAUAUUUUUGCUAUAGGUAAUGCAUGUGCAUUUGCUUUUCUUUAUAUUUAUUCUAUCAGUUCUCUCCACAGAUUUCUCUGCAUUGUCAAAGGGUGAAUACAAUAUCUGCUCCUAGUGAUCUAAGGUUCCCACGAUGGCAGAGGCAGGAGCAGACCAAGAGCUGGUAGACCAAGAGCUACGUGACAUGGAUGAGGAGCGUCUGUGGGAGAUGGUGGACAGCCAUCGCUACAGAAUUGUGCGCAUUGUGUCCCCAAGCCGGCUUACCCCAUACUUGCGCCAAGCCAAGGUUUUUGGCCAACUGGAUGAGGAGGAGGUGCUCCACAACCCUCAGUUCACAAACAGUGCCAUGAGAGUGGGUCACAUGCUGGAUCUCUUGAAAUCCCGUGGAAAAAAUGGAGCCCUUGCUUUCCUGGAAAGCCUGAAACUCCACAACCCUGAUAUUUUUGUCCUCAUCACUGGCUUGGAGCCUUCCAUUGAUCACAACCAUUUCAGUGACCUGAUAGAGAGCUCCCAGCUAACAGAAUGCUUGGCCAAAGCAGUGAGCAGCCUCCAGGAGGAGCUGAGCCAGGAGAAGCGGCAGAAAGUGUCCUUGCUCCACCAUUGUCGCAAACUGAAGGAGAGCACCUCUCAGCUGGAAGCCCGAGCAGAGAGCCUGCAGGGCAUUGAGGCUGAGUGUAACCGCAUGAAGAGGGAGCUCAGUGCACACUUCCAUGAGGCCCUCAAGCUGAAGGAUGAACUUUAUGGCCUCUCUUUACGCUAUAGCAGUGCCCUGCAAGAGAAGGACCUGGCCAUCACUCGAUGCCAAAGCCUGCAGGAAGAGCUUUACCUAAUGAAGCAGGAACUGCAGCGAGCCCAGGUGUCAUCCUACUCUGAAAGGGAGAGACCCCCAAAGACUGCCUUAGAAGAUGAGCUUCUGAUGCUGAAAGAAGAAAAUUCCCAUCUCAAGUCUCUUGUGGAGCUGGAGACCUUCAGUGUGGUGCAGAAAGACAUUUUAGAGCAGAACCUGGAUGAUGCUCUAGAAGGCAAACAAGAACUACUGAACCGUAUCCAUUCUCUAAGGGAGCAGGCAGCCCUGGCUGAGAAUCAGCGCAAGAAGUGCUGGGAAGAAAAAGAACACACUUUGAUAGAAUGCCAGAGGAUGAAGGUGGACUGUGAGAUCUACAAGGAGAAAAUCAGUGCCCUCCAGGCACAAGUGGCUGACCUGCAGAAAGAGAGAGAUCAGGCUUACAGUGCCCGGGACACAGCUCAGAUGGAAAUUUCCCAAAGCCUCCUAGAGAAAGAUUCACUCCGCCGCAGAGUGUUUGAGCUCACCGAUGAGAUCUGUGAGCUCCGGAAGCAGGUGGGCCCAAGUGGCUCAGCACUGAUGCAGGUUCAGUGGAAUGGACCCUCCAGCUCUGAGACCAGGAUGCCUUGUUCGAAGAUAAAACAGCGUUUGGUACGCAUGCAUGCCAUUUUUCCUCAGGAGGAAGACAAGCAGGAUGGGCUAUCAAGCAUGUCUGAGUCUUGGUCCAAUUUAAGCCAUAUCUCCAGCCAAGAGCAAGUUGAGAGCUUUCGGUCAUGCAGCCCAGUCCCACCUUGCAAAUAUUCCCUCCAAAGGAGAACCUUGGAAGAUGACUCUUUUUCCAUAAGCAGUUCUCAGGAGUAUCUGGAGGAGGAUUUUUCUCUUGCCUCUGGGAAGAAAGUGGAGGAUUCCUCUAUUGAGUUUGAGAUGCUGGGAAAAGAAGACGGCACCUCUCUGUGGUUCCAGAUGAACCCUUGCAUCUCAGAAAGUGUGCCCAUGCGUCGUCGACCUGGGAAGCGCUUUUCAAGUCGCAUCACCACCAUUGCAUUUCAAGCCGAUGCUUUGCUAGAACAAAUCAGCAUUAUUGGUGGCAACCAAAGUGGCAUCUUCAUUCAUCAUGUCACACCAGGCUCUCCUGCUGAUGAGAUGUCUUUGUCACCAGGGCAACAGAUUGUAAUGGUGGAUUAUGGAGUCAUAGAACCAGGCUUCAAAGCUCUCUUGGAGGAGGCAACACUGGAGGAGGCUCUGUGUGUUCUGGAGAGAGUAAAUGGCUUCUGUUGUCUGUCUGUGAGGCGCAACAUGGAGGGAUACAAGAAGCUGUUGAGUGACCUGAACUGCAAUUUGGUGACAUCGGGCGACUCCUUCUAUGUUCGGUCCAACCUGUGCCUUGAGAGACAGGCAACUGGGGAGCUUCCAGUUGGAUGUCAUGACAUUCUGCAUGUUACAGAUACCAUGUGUCGGGGCAAAGCCCAGUGGAAAGCCUGUCAUGUGAACCCCUAUACCAUGAAGGACUUGGAUGCAGGCACUAUUCCCAACUACUGCCAGGCCCAGAAGCAACUUAUCAUUCGGAUACAGGAGUUGGCCCAGAAGAGUAUGAUUUCCCGCAAGAAUUCUGGGGUGCAGCCCAAGAUGGUCCGUAUUGUGAGUACAGACAACAACAAGAUUAGUCCACUCUGGUCAUCCAUGGAUUGUGGUUUCUCAGAUUCUAACAGGUCAAAUUUGAACUCUCGAAUCAGCCUCCACUCGAGGAGUUGUGUCAGUUUGAUGCCGUACACUUUGGUCAAGCCAUGCAGACCUGGGCGACCACGUCCAGUCUUCAUGGUACCUGUGCUUUUGGGCAAGAUUUUGGCUGACAAACUUUGCCUGUCCAAAAGAUUUGAGAAAUGCUCAGCAGAUUCCCAGAAUGAAGCACAAAGCCAAGUUGCCCUCACUGAAGGAAGACAGCCAAACAACAGUUGUUGUGUUCCCUGUCAGACAAUAGAGCGCCUAAUGCAAAAGAAUGUGCACGGUUGGCUGGACCUGGGUCUGGAAAAAGUGCAAGACCUUCUGGCUACGGAAAUCUAUCCCAUCAUUAUCUUGCUAACCAUCAAUGAGAAGAACAGUAAGAAAUUCCGAAAAGCUCUUCAGCGCCUUGGAGCAACUGAGGAGCAACUUUUGGAAAGUGCCCGGAAGGAGGAAGCUCAGCUGGAGACACUGUCUUGCCUGUAUGGUACCAUUGCUCCUGAUGCCUGGAACGAUUUGGAGACACUUGCCAGCUGUGUUUGUGCAGCCAUUGCUGAUGAGCAGAAGAAGGUAGUGUGGGUGGAACAGCUGCCCCACUAACCCUCUUUGGAGGAGACAUGUGCGCUUCUCACUAUGGCCAGAAGAUUUGACCUCUUCCUUUCUGAUUUGUAGAAUGCCUGUAAAAUAGCUCUGAAUGCUUUUUUCCUGCUUUUUGGCAAGGAGUUGGACUGGAUAGCCCACAAGGUCUUUUCCGACUCUGAUUCUAUGAUAAAUAGCUCUUUUUAAAUUUCAACUAUGAUAAACAAAACUUCUACAUUUCACACACCUUUUCUAGCAUCCAUCUGUACUGCCUCCUACUAGCAUGUACAGUGGUGCCCCAAAAAUAAAUCUCUGAAGGAAUUUCCAGACAUGUGAAAAGAUAGGAGGAAAGCGGCCUAUUUCCUGUUCUUGCCUUUAGGAGAUGCAAGAGGGCUUGUCAAUUCAGUAAAACAGCCAAUUCACCAAAACCAGACGAACUAAGACCAGCACAAAUAUCAUUUCUUUGCCUCUUUAUUGGUUUCAAAAAUAUUAUCUAUGCUUGAAAGUUGCAUAUUAAAAAACAGUCUGUUCCAUCUGGCUGUUUCUGACAUG